AUGCAUUUGCGUAAGCCCCCGAAAGUUGCGGGGGUCAUCAUUCUCACGAUCACCUCCAUGGCCGCGGCCGCUAAACUUGACAAGGUAUACUUGCCUCCAGAUGUCGCGUCAGCAGAUGGUGCGCUUGCUGGUCUCCAAGCGCCAUUUGAAACGCGAGGUCAAGCCCAAAACUACCCUAACCAAGUCCAGAACUUCGCUCAGAAUGCUCAAGCCCAAAGCUUCGCUCAGAAUGUUCAAAGCCAAAAUGUAGGAGGUCAGGCUGAAAUUUUAAGAUUUGAAAAUGAAAUGAAUGAAGAAGGAUUCCACUACGCAUACGAAACCAGUGAUGGAACGAAAGCUGAACAAAAUGGACGAGUCUUGCCAGGAUCAACUCCCGAAGAAGGCUCCAUCCAGGUGUCCGGCUCCUACUCCUACAUCGGUGACGAUGGUCAAACCUACUCCGUCUCAUACAUUGCUGAUGAGAACGGCUUCCAACCCAGUGGGGACCAUCUGCCAACACCACCACCAAUUCCUGAAGCCAUCUUGAAAAGCCUACAACUCACGGAUCGCGAAGGUAAAUACAGCAGUCAAAAAAGCAGUUACGACGCGGAUGCCGGCUACUAA